AUCCGUGGCUGUCAAUAAAGCUCGUCUGAAGCGCCAUGGUAUCACCCACAUCCUGAAACGCUGCCACAGGUACCGGGGUCUACACCGGGAGGCCUUCUAUGCUGGCUUGAAACAUCAGCUACAUGGUAAGGUCCUGGUGUCCUCUAUGAUGGGCGAGAGCCGCUCCGCUGUGCUGGUGGCCGCCUACCUCAUGAUUUUCCAACACAUGACCAUCAUGGAGGCACUGACCACUCUGAGGAAGAAGCGACCCAUCAACCCCAACGAGGGCUUCCUAAAGCAGCUGCGUCAACUCAACGAGACGCUACUAGAGGAGCGUGAUGACGAUGAUGACGACACCCUCAGCCAGUGCUCCGUCAUCGACGCCCACACUCGCGCCCACCUGUUUGACGACAAAGAGAGCAUGAUGGACGUGAAGGCCCACUCCAUCAUGAUGGAYGAGGAGGAGGACAGCCAAAGCGUGAUGAGUAGUGUGGCCUCGUCUGCCGCAGCCGCCGCCCUUAGGGACGGUGUUUUUGGAGGGCAGCGGAUGGGCCUGGAACGGGCAGAGARGAUAGAGGGCCUGGCCCUGCCUGGAAAAGACGCUGGCAACGGUGGGGAGGAUGCAGAGGAUGGGGAUGAAGAUGGCAUGAGCAUGAUCCGCGAGUGGCAGAGGAGGAACGAGAAGUACCAGAGCGAGGAGUGGUGGGAGCAACAGCUGAUGAGCGAGGCUGGGGACGAGGAGUCUCUCCUGGGGGGCAUGCGGGGUCCUGGGGCACCAGAAGACCUGGAGAGCGUGACCAGCGAGGACGUCCAGGCCAUGAAGGAGCGCCUGAAGCGGCGCCCACGGCGCUCCCCCUCAGAAUCAGUGUCCACGGCCAGUUGCAGCAGCUACUCUGACCUUUGGAAGCAGCGACUGAAGGAGAUCGAGGAGCAGGCGGCGGCGCGCUACCGCAAGAAGGACGAUGACAACAACAGUGAGAGCACGGCYAUGGAGGGGACAGAAAAUAAGAAGCAGACAAUUGAGGACGACGUGGAGAGCGUGCUCUCGGACACCAGCUCCAUGUACAACUUCUGCAAGAGGAACAAGGAGAACCUAACUCCCCUGGAGCGCUGGAGGGUGAAGAGGAUCCAGUUUGGCUGGAAUAAGAACGAUGAAGGGAGGGAUGGGGAGAAAAGAGCCGGGGGUGCCCGCACUCCGGCACUGGAGGACGUCAACCUCACAGCCUACCAGACCUGGAAGAUGAAACAGGCAAAGCGGCUUGGAGAGGACAACAAGGCAACAAAAGAUGACAUUGUGGAGAUGAGCCGCGAGGACUCGGCCACAGCCAAGAGGAGACAGAGGCGGGAGGAGCUCCUGGAGCGCUCGCGGAAGACGCUGGAGGAGAGUCAGUCCAUGUGCGGCUGGGAGACGGAGAGCUCCGUGAGCGGAAGCACCCUGCCGCUCUCUGCCUUCUUCGCCCGGCCUGGCGGCUCGCAAGCCGGAAGUGUUACCAAUGAUGACAACAUGUCCAUGCUGAGUGGCAGAUCUUCUUCCCAAGCCCGCAGCACCAGAUCUCAGGCCUCCAUGGGCUCAGGAAUUCCCCAGGGCAUUCCCCAAGUCCCCAUGAUCCCUGUACCCACAAUGCAGGGACCUGGUGGGGAGCCCAUGGUCGACCUGUCCAGCAUUCAGAACUGGAUCGCCAAUGUGGUUUCCGAGACCUUCCAGAAGGAGCGUGAGAUGAGCCUCCCCCCGUCCCAGGCUGGAUCGGUGCUAAGUUUCGGUGGGGCAUCUAGUGUGGUAGGGCCAGCAAGACGUGGCUUGGAUGAUGACAAGGCUUCUAUCCUGAGUGGAGCGUCCUACUCGAGCUCGCUGGCUCAUCACGGUGUCAGUGCUGACAGGGCCGAGUCUGUGCUCUCCGGUAGAAGUGCUGCUUCUUCUACCAGUAAUCUCUCCAGCGUCUCCGGUCUGGGCUCCCGCAGGAGCAAGAUCACCACCACCAGCGUGCCCCUCUACAGCCUCUUUGCGGACCAGGUCAACCUACAGAAGCUGGACUCCAUGGACAAGCAGAUGCAGUCGGAGAUGAGGAACAAGAUGGCCUGCUACGGGGUGAAGAAGAUCGCGGAAGAUAACAAGCGCAGCACACUCUACAAGAAGAAGAAGCCCAAGGACGAGGGCGAGAGGAGGAAGAGAAGGAGGAUGACUAUUUAACGGGAAAGAUAAAGAGUCUCUCCCACCUGCACCAGAAAAAGAAAGCACCUACGCGAAGCUAUGGCCUUUCGGGCUGCCUCAAUCUCUCCACCGCUCUGGAGAAAGAAAAGAACACUAGUGUUGAUGAAUGGCUAACCAACGUCAUGCCUCCUUCGAGGAAACCAGCAUCCUAUAGUGCAGAAGAUGAGACUGAUCCAGGGCAUCUGCCUCUGUGUAUAACUUCGGAGGCCGGAGGACUUGUUUGAGGAGGAAGAGGAAGAGGAGGAGUAUGAAGUCGCAUCCAGAUAUCGCUCCAGAUUCCAGGCAGACACAGAGUCACGUGUACUUGGAAAUUCUCUUCCAACGGCAUGGAUUCCAGCAGCAGGGCUAGAAGAUCCUACGCAACCACUGCGGAAGAGGAGGAAGAAGAAGAGAGUUAUACAUCGAAGAGGAAGUUACUCAUCACUCACAAUAUGAGAGUGGAGGGGAGACGGAGGGAGAAUAGAAAGGAAGGAAGAAAAGGAGGAGGAAGAAGAUGUCGACAGAUUCCUCAGCCAGCUUAGGCAGAGGUCUCGGGCUCGGGCUGAGGCAGAAAUGCAGGACGAUGACAUCGUAGCAGCUUGGAGGGCACAACAAGAAUCAAAGUCAAAUGGUACAAAAGCAGUGACUCUUAACCAAUCAAAGAAGUGUCACACUUACAGUAUGAAAGAAACUCAAUCCAAUGUUAAUAUGUUUCUUCAGAUAAUAAAUUAAAAUUGCACACUUGCUACACAUGCCAUCGCUAGUCAAUGGGGAUUUCUUAGAACAUCACUUGUGGUCUUUUUAGUCUCAGAAGUGGGGUGACCUUUAUAAUUCUAUAGGUAGUUGUUAUAGAUCAUUCUGACAUGUAAAUACUAAUCUAAAUCAAAUAUCUAAGCUUAUUAUAAUGGAAAAGGGAAAAUGUGCACUUUGCUUUCUAAACUCAAACGAGUUUAUUUCUCAUAGUCAAUUUUAUAAUCAAAUGGACGCAAAAUAUUCAUAUUCAAAAUAUUUAAAUAUUGCCUCAGCCUAACUGCAUUGCUUGUGCAGUGCAAGUAGAGUAACACACGUCUGCUGUUUGUUGCAUUGAUUGUAAAAUGCAACAACUAACCUACAAAACAAUCUAAACUAGAUUACUGUUCAAGACAUCAAAUAUUUAUGCUGUACAAUUUUUGGAGCACAAACGCAACCCAUUUCAAAGCAUUUAUAAUUGCAAUAAAUGUUAAAGUAAUUA